GGAAUAAUAGCUCAGAAAGAUAGAGAAAGAAGGGGGUCUUGUUAUCCCCUUGGGCGUGAAGUGGAUUAGGGAGACUCAACACUCUUCUUCUUCUUCUUCUUGUACCAACAAUGGCUGCCUGCGCCACUCACUCCUCUCUCAUGCUAGCGUACGCCGCUCGUUCCCAGGACCUUACCCCCCCUACUCCAUCUCUUUUCUCUUUUGCCAGCUCCAGACCCAACCACUUGAGCGUCCCGCUUCUUCUCCUUGGGGGUUCCAGGGACCGCAGAUGUGCUGCUAUUGACAGAGCUUCCAACCGAGCUUUCCAGGUUAUUGUCUCCGCCGUGGCCGCUGAGGCUGACCUCGACACGGAGGAACAGGACCUGGAGCAGACCGCCACCGCCGUCCUUGAUCCGCCCAAGCCUAAGAAGGGAAAAGCCGCUUUGGUUCUCAAGAGAGACAGAACAAGGUCUAAGAGGUUUUUGGAAAUCCAAAAGCUAAGGGAAACCAAAAAGGAGUAUGAUGUCAUCACUGCUAUAUCUUUGCUUAAACAAACUGCCAACACCAGGUUUGUUGAGUCUGUUGAAGCCCAUUUCCGUCUCAACAUCGAUCCAAAGUACAAUGACCAGCAGCUGCGUGCUACGGUGAGCCUGCCUAAGGGAACUGGCCAGACUGUUAUAGUCGCUGUUCUUGCACAAGGUGAGAAGGUCGAUGAAGCCAAAAAUGCAGGGGCAGAUAUUGUGGGCAGUGAUGAUUUAAUCGAACAGAUUAAAGGAGGCUUCAUGGAGUUUGAUAAGUUGAUUGCAUCCCCGGAUAUGAUGGUCAAGGUUGCUGGCCUGGGAAAGAUUCUUGGCCCACGCGGACUCAUGCCAAAUCCCAAGGCUGGUACGGUCACAGCUAACAUUCCCCAGGCUAUUGAAGAGUUCAAGAAGGGGAAAGUUGAAUUCAGAGCAGACAAAACUGGGAUUGUUCACAUUCCCUUUGGGAAAGUUAAUUUUACAGAAGAAGACCUUCUCAUAAACUUCCUUGCAGCAGUGAAAUCGGUGGAGACAAACAAGCCAAAGGGAGCAAAAGGAGUGUACUGGAAAAGCGCACACAUAUGCUCAUCAAUGGGGCCUUCCAUCAAGUUGAACAUAAGGGAGAUGAUUGACUUCAAGCCUCCCACUGCGAACUAACCAGCAACCGCAUUUGUAAAUGGGGUCCUUUUGGGAGACAGGCAAUGCGAGUGUAGACAGAGAGGAGAAACACCAAGUCUAGUCUGUUAGUUAUAUAUUCACUUCUCACUAGUUUGUAUCACUAUGAUGGCCAUUUGCUUCUUGUCGUUAUUGAUUUACGAUUGCCUAUUUAAAAAGU